AUGGCUACUGAUAUGUAUGGGGACACUGUUCUUUACAAAGUAGUUACUUAUGGAUCACUUGAUGCCAUGAAGUAUUUAAUCAAAGAUCAUCACUGCGAUCUAAUGGCUACUAACUAUAAGGGUGAAACUGUUCUUCAUUACACAGCUAAAACCAACUCACCGCCACCUCAUUCACCUGAUGUAAUAAAAUAUCUAAUUAAUGAGUGUAACUAUGAUCCAAUGACUGCUAACAGCUGGGGGUCAACACCACUUCACUAUGCUGCUCAUUGGGGUCAUUCUGCAAUUGUUGAAUGUUUACUAUCAACUGGUAAAUGUGAUCCAUUGGCUAAAAACAAUGAGGGGAAAACACCAUUACAAGUAGCUAAAGAGGCAAAGCAGAGAGGCUGGGGUAAUACUCUUCCUAUCUUUAAGAAAUACGUGUACAUGUCCAGUACAUUCCCUGUGCUGUUCACUGGUGGUAGAGUGGUCACUGGUGGAUGGUACAAAUGA